AUGAGAGGAAGCCUGAGCAUCGCAAAAGACACAGUGGCAGCAUCCAGACGAGAACAGCUGAUAACCUGGCAAUACCUGCUGAUUGUGUCUGCCGGAAAUGCGAGCCCAUUACCUGUAAUUGAGGCCCUUCUCCCACACACCCCCACCUAUAGGCCCGCCUCCCCAACACCUAUAGGCCUACCUCCCCGUCUCCCACACCCCAACACCUAUAGGCCCGCCUCCCCAAACACCUAUAGGCCUACCUCCCCGUCUCCCACACCCCACCCUAUACCGACCCCAGUAGGCCCGCCUAGGCCCUCCCCAUCUCCCACGCCCCAACACCGCCUCCCCAACUCCCUAAAAACCUACACGCCUUCCCCUCCACCUGCCCCCCCCCAACACCAGCCUCCCACCUCAGCCCCCUCUCCUGCCGCACCUGCAGGCUCUCGUGUUUCCCCUCGCUCACCGCCCCGGGCCUCUGUCGUGGACGCCCGUGUGCAGGAGUAUGAUGAUAUCACCCUUUAA